CCUGUCUCCUGUGCGGUCUCUCAGUCCCAAACUCUCAUUAUAACCUGAGCAAGACUAGCCUUGCAAACAGGAACGAGAGAUCAUUCCAACACCUUCAAUUAACAACCUUCAGGAGAAUCCAUGAAUCCUGCUCACAAGUAGAAAGGAGAGGCUGGUGCUGGAGAGCAAGGGGGAGAGGGCAAGGAUGUCGGUCAAACAACAUAGCCCGCUGCUAAAGAAACACAGCCAGACUGACCUGGUGAGCAGGCUGAAGAGCCGGAAAAUCCUUGGUGUUGGCGUCAAAGAUAUUGAUGGAGAGUUCCACCGGUCAAAGAUCAGUCAGAUGUUGGGGAAUGAAUUCAAGUUUGCUUUUCAUGAGCCGUUCGGCCUCAGGUACUGGCAGUUCAUCUCUGCAAUUGCGUUCUCUGCUGUUGGAAUUCUGGCCUUGCUGUUUCCCAGAAUGCUGCAUGGCUGGCUAUUCCAGGAAGAGCACAGCUGGUCCUGCAUUGCGACUCUGAGGUUCCACGGCGGCGCAUUACUCAGUAUCUCUCUGAUCUUCUGGAAUGCCUUUUACACAACCGAGAAGGCCAUCAUUCGAUGGACACUCCUGUCGGAGACCUGCUAUUUCACAGUGGAGUUUCUGGUGGCACUGGCUACAAGUAUGGAUCAAGACGUCAUUUCACAGGAUACAGCAGUCUUGCUCUCAGGCUACGGAUUAUUCGGGAUCCUUUCGUUUUUCUAUUACGUACAAGUUGGACGAAAGCCCAAGAAGAUCUGACGUGGCAGCAGGGAGUCUCAUUUCGUAACAAGAAUGAGACACCUCACCCAUUGCAAAUCUAAACUAAGAGGUCUAACCACCCCAUCCCAAGCCAUUGAUAGCAGAUCCCAUUGGGGUGGAGAUUUGAACACUGGAGAUUAGAGUGCUCUCAUUUGGACACGGAGUAAAGAUCAGUCCCAAUCUCAGAGAGGGCCAUCUGUGGUUGGAGACACUUGGCCUUGUGGCCAGUGGUCACCUGAAGCCCAGAGAUGGAACCCAACUUGCCUCGAAAUGGUUGGGGUCACGGCACUGGAAUUUUCCUGCUGCUGCUUUUGUAUCAGGGGCUGGGUGAGAAUUUCCGGGAUCCAGGAAGCUGUCCGUCUGUGGCACAGAGAGGGGGAAAUGGAGGGGGAAGUCCAGGGAACCAGAGGGAGGGAAGAGGAGAAUGAGGUAGGUAAGGGGGAAACUAAGGGGGUAAAAGGGAAAUGGAGGGAGAGUAGGGAAGAGGAGAAACUGAGAGAGAACGAAUACUGAGGGAAGGGAAGAGAAAGGGCAAACUGAUGGGAAAGGGAAGGAAAAAUAAAAGGAGAGGAGAGGAGAGGAGAAGAGAAGAGAAGAGAGGAGAGGAGAGGAGAGGAGAGGAGAGGA